AUGCCUUUGCUGUCAUACCCGCUGGCUCUUGAGCUCAAAAAGGAGCUGCAGGGGACCAACGCAGAAGUGAUUACACCAGAUAAUGAAAAUUACCCCGAAAGCAUCAGCCGCUUCAGUGCUUCAAGUGAGAGAGAUGCGGGUGCCGUAAUUCGAGUCACCUGCACAGAUGAAGUCUCGAAAACUGUCAGCUUUGCCACUAAGCGUCACAUCCCCUUUGUGGUACAGGGAGGGGGCUAUAACACAAGCGGAUCCUCUUCCACCUAUGGGGGAAUUGCUAUCAGCAUGUCUAAAAUGUCCAAGAUUAUAGUUGACCAAGCAUCAAAAACCAUUGCUGUUCAAGGUGGCGCAACAUGGCAAGAUGUGGACAGGGUUGCUGAUACCUUUGGACUUGCUGUUGUUGGGUGCACUAUGAACAAAACCAGUGUUGGCGGUACGACCUUGGGAGGAGGGUAUGGCUGGCUCACUGGAAGCUACGGGUUAAUCAUAGAUAACCUGCUUAGUGUUAAAAUGGUAUUAGCCGACGGACGCGUGGUUACGGCGUCCACCACGGACAACACAGACCUGUUUUGGGCUGUUCGAGGUGCUGGGCAGAACUUUGGUGUGGCCACGGAGUUCGUCUUCAAGGCUUAUCCACAAAAGAAUCCGGUGUUUGGAGGACUACUCUACUUCACUGCCGACAGGCUAGCUAAGAUUCUUGACUUUGCGAAUCAUUUCGAAGAGCGCGCAACCGGACACGAGGGCUUAUUCUUCGGUUUCACUGCUCCGCCACUUAUGCAAGCCACCGUCAUCUUCGCAGUAGUCUUUUAUAAUGGCCCUCGCCCAGAGGCGGAAAGAUUUUUCGCGCCGAUCCUGUCGCAAGGGCCGGUAUUGAAUGACACCAGAAUGAUGCCGUAUCCCGAAAUCAACAUGAUGAUGAACAAAGCUGCCGAAUUUGGAGGACGCAAAAGGCUUGGUGGAACCAGUGUCACUCUUCCGCUGGAUGUGAAAUAUAUGGAAGAGUUAUACAGGGAUUUCGACAACAUUAUGAAGACGUUCCCUCUCGCUAGCGAGAGCAUCGUCGUGUUCGAGUUGCUGCCCUAUACCGAGCUCAUCAAAGUACCUAAUGAUGCCACCGCUUUCGCGAAUCGAGGCAGGUAUUAUAACGCAGGGUUGAUUUUAUGCUGGCAUAAUCCUGAACUGGAUCCCAAGAUGCGAUCUUUGCACCAGGAUAUGGUGCAGAAAAUUGGCGAGCGUGCGGGCAUUGCUAAGAGCCCGGAGGCUAACCAAGGCGUUGGCGUAUACGCGAACUAUGCUGGGCAUGAGGCGAACGCUAGAGAGCUCUUCGGCGAUAACCUUGCACGGCUGCAGAAGCUGAAAAUGCAAUAUGAUCCAGACAAUGUGUUCAGGAAGUGGCACGACAUGUUCCUGCAUACAGAAACAUAUUCGAAAAAGUCUUGA